AUGGAUCCACAAAGACGAAAGGAAGCAGGGCCUGUAGCUCCCAGCAGUGUUAAGUCAGCCCGAAAGAGCUUUGCAGUCACCAAUACCUAUGUUAAAAAUGUUACACCACAAAAGGAAAUCGUAACUGUUCAUACUAGCGCGCCUAAUAUCGAACAUCGAUCUUUUCAUAGUGAACAAAAUCAAAUAUACCAAGGAGAAGUAAAUGUACUUUCUAUUAUAGAUACAAAUAAGGACAUAAUGUGCUGUAAAUACACCGAAGACACGAAAGAUAUCGCCACCGGAUUCAUUGAUGGAACAGUCAGGCUGUUCGAUUGCAGUACUGGAAACUGCACGCACACACUCGUAGAUGACGAAUGUCGUGCAUAUCCUGGCCCAGUCACUGCUAUCAAGCACAGACCAGUUAGUAAGGCGCAUCCCAUCACGAACAUGCUAUUGUCAUCUUAUGUAAAUGGAUGUAUAAAAUGUUGGAAAUAUAAAUACGAUCAAUGUAUCUAUACCAUUCGAGAGAAACGACAGACGCUAGGUAUUUGCUACCAUCCACGUUUCACCAAGUUUGUAACAUACGGCGAUGACGCUAAGCUCAAUAUGUAUGACGAAGAAGCUCAGACACAGGAGCGAACAUUUUAUUCUAGUCAGAGGAAAAACAUAAUUGAUGGACACACGUCGAGAAUUUUUGCGUGUUCGUUUAACCCAAAGUCGCACCACGAGCUCGUAUCCGGCGGUUGGGAUGACGCGGUAAUGUGCUGGGACGAUCGGCAGCCGUAUGCAACUAGAUAUUUUCUGGGCGUGCACAUGUGUGGUGAAGGUUUAGACUUUGAUAAGCCGGGGAAGCAGAUACUGACAUGCUCAUGGCAAGAAAAAGACACUAUUCAAAUAUGGGAUUACGGCUCCUGUAAACUUAUAGAAACAAUUGUGCCGGAUGUGCACCAGUCCAAACUGUACUGCGGGAAGUUGGUUCCUCAAACCAAUUUGGCCGUUUGUGGCGGCACAGAUUCUAACGUGUUACGCGUUAUUGAUGUCAACUUAAAAAUGACUGAAUGUUCAAUAAGAAACAAUCCCAGUGCAAUAUACGCAUUCGAUUUUGGUACGAUAAGAAGGAAAAUGGCAAAAAUACCAGAAACUUACAAAAGAAUUAGCGAAAUACAAAGCAUUCCCAGAGUAGCGUUUGUUACAGGAAAGCGACUGCAAAUUGUGGAUUUCGGAUGA